AUGCCCUCUCAUCCAGCGCUCUUACGGCACUUCCUGAGGACGCUACGAUGGCCCCCUGCUGUCCGACGCCUUAUGCGGAUCCUCGUCGCACUCGGGAGAUUGGUCAUAUACCAUGGCUCAUCCAUCUUCAGGCCAUUGCGCAAGCUUCUACUGUCGAACACCAGCCGGCGAGAAGAGGGGGAGGAAACGACUAGUCACAGCACAACUGAUCCUGUGCAUCUAGGUGUCGAGGUCGCGCCUUUCGCGAGUCGUGAACCCCAUUCGGACGACAGCCCCGCUGGACAAUGUGUGCAAGAUGAUGUACCCACGGCGAGAGACGCUAUUUUCUCUCGCAAUCUUCCCGUCCGCUCGCGAAAUGACAUUCAUGCUCCUUUUGAUCCCUCCGCUGUCGAGGAACCGGCCGAUUUCGCCCCAUCAUUACCCUCCGUGCCACAGGGACAUAACAUCACGGAAUACAUGCCCCUUGAGACCCCACGAUAUAUCAGACAAGUACCCAAACCUAAGAAGCGGCCCAGGUUGAAGAUCCCUCAGCUCUGUUAUACAUUCCCCUACUCCCACAGGAGCGAAGACCCUGACCUUCGCGGAUGGCAGCCCCGCAUGCACCCGGAGGGUGCCUUAUACUUCUACCACCCCACUAAGCGAGCGUUUACGGAGGUCUACCUGUACAAUGAAGCGUAUCUGGACGAAACCGAGAUGCUGGUGGACUUCAUCAACCGAACCGUAGAAGCGUUGAGCGCGGAGUUGCCACGCGAAUACGAUCUUGUCGUUAACAUUGAAGAGGAUCACGGUCAAGGUCGCGAGAAUAUGUUGUGGCAAUACUACUUCGUGAAUCAUGAAACGAGGUCCUUGUUCUGGUUGCGUCCUUAUAAAAUCGAGGACAAGCCGAUAAGCCUGGCGCACUUCAGACUACUUCUCGAGAGUUGGUACUGGGAACAUGUCACUCUAUUUCCUGAUGGUUUCCCCUCGUACAAUACUGCGGUCGACGAGCUUGUCGGGGUCCUUACUUUCUUUUGCAUUGACAGCACCACAUCUCUCUCGUCAAUUGUGCCUUAUCCUCGCGAGGAGCUGAUCGGAAUGAUUGGAUUGCUCAAUCGAAAAGAUCCCGGCGCCGGCGGUAUCCUUGCCAAUACAGCUGCACUUGGCCGCAUGAUGUCCAUCUUCUACCAAUGGCGGUACACAUUUGGUCACGGUCAACUCUACGCACGGCUCGAUCGAACUGACACUGUUCUCGAUACUUCAGACCGACAGCGCUCUUGGCUCAUGGGGACGCUACGCCUACUCCUAUUCUAUGCACCAGAAGUACAACUUCGAGAGAUCGAGAACCUUUACGUGGAUCGGACUGUCAUUUCCUACUUGCGAGAGCGGCACGUAGUGAAACUUCAAAACGAGUGGUCGGAAUUUGUGCUCUACUCUACAGUUGUACUCGCAGCGAACGUAUCCUUGCUAUCCGUUCCCGAUGUCAUCCGGUUUCCCGGCAGUGAUAACACACCGCCAAGUGAUGCUCAGGACUAUCUUCGGCCGUUGCGUUCUCCCGCCGCGAUCGCAAGCUAUGUAUCAAUAUUAUUCAGCGUUGGAAGCAUCAUACUAGGCCUCCUACUCAUCCGGUAUCAUCGCACGCGCGACCUUGCGAAUCCCACCAGGUCCGAGAUGGUUGAUGAUGAAGGGAAGCCGGACGUGGAAGAUUGUGGCUCGGUCCAAGAGGAAUCGGACUCGGAAACUCCCAGCCCGAUUCCAGAUCACGAACCCCUCGCUAUCCUCUUCAGUCUUCCUUACGCUCUUCUGAUAUGGGCGAUGCUCUCCUUCACAACUAGCAUUCUGAACUUUACGCUCAGCAAUACGGACACCACAACGCAAUCUGUAGUCACUGCUGUUGCCUUUGUCGUUUUGUGUCUGACUCUCUGGUGUAUCAUCACCUUCUGGCAAGCCUCGUGGCGCACCCAACAGUGGUGGAUGACUGUGAAACACGCGUUGAUAGGCAAUAUCGCCAUGACUGGAAUUCCGAAGGGGUGGUUGCAGCGGCAGUCGGGUCUGCUUGUGGCAAGGAUACUGAGAGUAGAUGCGUCCCAUAACAGUAGCGUGUAG